AUGGCCAGCACCAGCACAGGUCCCAACAACACUCAUACGCCCUCUACCGGCAAUGUUGAUAUUCAGGACGAUGCACAUCGCCAUGCCGUAGAGACAUGUCUCAAACUACACACCCACCGACCCGACCUCGUGACUCUACCCUGUCACAACAAGGAGCGGUUCCACCAGCUCAGCAACCUAAACUGGCCGGGGGUGCCCUUUGCCAUCCGCUCGGGCGGGCACUCGCCCAACCGCGGCGACGCCAGUAUCGACGACGCGGGUGUGCUGCUUUCGCUGCACCGCUUGAAUCAUAUAACGUAUGAUGCGGGUACAAAGCUGGCGAGCACCGGUCCUGGGGCGCGCUGGGACGAGGUGUAUACCGAACUGGAUAAGUAUAAUGUCACGGUUGUUGGUGGCAGGGUUAUGUCUGUUGGGGUUGGAGGACUUGCGCUGGGGGGAGGGUUGAGUUACCUGUCGGAUGUCCACGGGCUGGUGUGUGAUAACAUCGUUAGCUACGAGGUGGUUCUAGCCGACGGGGAAGUCGUUGAAGCCAGCGAAACGACACACUCGGAUUUGUUUUGGGCGCUCAAGGGGGGCGGCAAUAACUUCGGCGUUGUAACGCGCCUAGUGAUGCAGACCUUCCCUGCACCGCAGGCAUGGGGCGGCCUCCGCGUCUUCGCUAUCGACCAGAUGGCGGCGCUGAUGCAAGCCUUGUACGAGUACCAGACAGCACCCAGGGACCCAAACGCCAACCUCAUCAUCAACCUGAUCCCGACCAACGCCACGCUGCUCCUCACCCUGGUCUAUCUCAAGCCGGUCGAGAACCCUACCGCGUUCAACCCAUUCUACCAACUGACCCCCGUGCUUGACAAGACGGGGUUCAUGAGCCUGCACCAACUCAUGGCGCUGUUCCCGCCGGCUACGCUGCCCCGCUGGACCUGGUACGACACGUCGUUCAGGCCCAAUGCCAACCUCUACGCCCAGAUCAGCGAGUUGCUGGCACCCUCUACGCCCGAGGUGUCAGCCAUCGCGGCCCGACCGUCCGGCACGCUGGUCAUGGCCGUGCAGCCCAUCGCCGCGAGUGCCGUGCUCGCCGGGCGGGGGCGUCUUGGCGGCAACGCGCUGGGCCUUGAGGCCGUGGAGCAGACGUGGUGGUCCGUGUCGGCGGCGUGGGCCAGUGCUGAUGAUGACGACGUCGUGGACGGAGCUGUAUGCGCCCUCCGGGAUAAGAUUGAUGAUCUGGCUGAGCGCGAGGGGGUUCGGCUCGACUGCCUGUUUAUGAAUGACGCCAAUGCAAGGCAACAGGUCAUUGCGAGCUAUGGCGUGAAAAAUGUGCGGAGGCUCUGCGAGGUGGCGAGACGCUACGAUCCGCAUGGCGUCUUUCAGAGAUUGGUCCCUGGCGGGCAGAAACUGCCUCGCUCGAUGUAG